GAGCUGCGCUUCCAUCCCACGCACACCACGGAGGAGCUGCGGAGGAUUUUCGCCGACGACACGGACUCGGAGACGGAAGACUUUGAGGGAUUUGCCCCGAGCGAGCUGAAGAGCCCCCCUGAGCUCAUGCUCACAGAGUCAGAAUUGAGUGAUGAAGAAGAUGCUGGAAAGGACCCUGCAGGCAGUGAGGAGGAGGAGGGGGACGAGGACGAGGAGGAGGAGGAGGAGGAGGAAGCCACCACAAAGCCCACCUCCAGAAGGAGCAGCUUUGGGCUUCGAGUCGCCUUCCAGUUCCCCACCAAGAACAAAUCGGAUAUAAAGAAAAGGUACUCGGAGCCAUCCUUUUCCAGUGUACAUUUUGAAGAGAAUGAAAAAGCCCGCGCUUUGGGAAGGAAGAAAAAUGGGAGAGCCGGCAUCGGAGCCCCGGAAGGGUCGACGUCGGAGUCUGAAGAUGACUCGAGGGAGCUGGGCCAGAGCGAUUCGGACGCCCUGCUCAAGCGGGCGAUGAACAUCAAGGAGAACAAGGCCAUGCUGGCUCAGCUCCUAGCGGAGCUGCAUUCUCUCCCGGAGCUGUUCCCGGUGCAGACCCCGAGCCCGACCUACAAAAAGAAGACGGCCAGGCGGGCUUUCUCGGAGGGACAGAUCACGCGGCGCAUGAAUCCCACCCGCAGCGCGCGGCCUCCGGACAAGUUUGCGGUGGAGAACUUCUCCGUGUCGGCUCACUUCGAGGAAGAGCUGUGCGCCUUCCGCAGGGGGAAGAGGCUGAGCGGGGGCAAGUGCCGGGUCUACAGGAAGCGGCGUCUGUCGUCCUUCCGGAGGGUGGAUGAGAUCACUGAAGACGACUUGGAGAACGUGGCCGUCACCGUCCGAGACAAGAUCUACGACAAGGUGUUGGGGAACACGUGCCACCAGUGUCGCCAGAAGACCAUCGACACCAAGACGGUGUGCCGCAACCUGGACUGCGGGGGCGUCCGGGGGCAGUUCUGCGGCCCGUGUCUGCGCAACCGCUAUGGCGAGGACGUGCGGGCGGCGCUCCUGGACCCG